UGAAUAUAUUAUAGCGGGUCAUUGUGCAAUGAGGGAGGUGAAGCCGAGCCGAGGUGCCAGGUUAUGGGCCCGAGCGCACACCGCAACUAUUAACCCGCGUGUACUUAGUUAGUGUGUGUAGCUUAACGUGUCAAGUUCGCAACACAAGAGCCAUUACGGGCCAAUUGAUGAAUAGUGUUACUCACUUAUUAUAAGCCCGGGGUGUGGAAACAACAAGCUAACAGGUCCUAGUAACCACGGCUCCGCUCAUCGGGGCUGCCUCUCUUCUCCCCGCUAGCCCGACUGCGACACUAGCAGGCUAAUGUCGCCCGGCUAACGCAACGCUGUCUGGCGACCAAGCGGCUCCUGCGGUGGUGAAAGGACCUGCCACUUGAAGACAGUGGGGGCUCUCUGAUGAUCCCCCCGUUCAUCCGAUGAACCACCUCAACUCCAUGAAACCCUCCCUGCCUCCCAAUCCACAAAGCAGUGACGGCCCCUAUCUAAAUGACCCAGUCUCCUGGCAACCAGGCACCAAUCAGCACCCAGGAUCUCUCUCUGUAGUAACCACAGUGUGGGGCGUGACCAAUCCCACACACAGUCAGGUGUUCUGUGCACCAAUGGGUCCAGGUGAAAGUUCUGGCAGCCACAUGAUGCCUGGUGGCAGCCCUGGGAUGGGCCCUGGGAUGGGCCCUGGCAUGGCCUCCCAGUUUAUGGGACAACAGUCAUAUGGAGACGCUGUAUCUAAAGGCUACGGUCACCCACUUAUGUACGGACGCCCCAACGCCGCCUACAACCAAUCCUCGGCCUAUGGUGGAAGUUACUCUGGUAACAGUGGAGGUGCCGGUCUGGGCACGCGUCCUCCCUCAGAAUUCACUCAGGCUGCUGCCGCUGCUGUUGCUGCCGCCGCCGCCACAGCAACUGCCACUGCCACAGCAACUGUUUCAGCAAUACAGGACAAACAGCACCAGGAGAUGAGCUAUGGACAGAUGGGUGGAGCAUCAACUUACAGCACCCAGUUCCUGUCCCAUUCGGGCCCCCGUGGCCCUCAGAUGAUGAACUCUGGUGGGAUGGUCCCUUCCAGGCCUGGACUUCCACCCUCCGCUGGGGGCUUAUAUGCCUCUCACGCUGCACAGGCACAGAAGAUGGCCCAGCAUGUGGGCUAUCCUGGUGGACAGCAGGGGCUGAAACGGCCUUACCAGUCAGAGGGUUAUCCACAACAGCAGUACGGCUCUGGUGGGAUGUCGGGAUACCCCAACCAGCCUCUGCAGUACCCCCCCGGCCCACAGCAGAGAUGUGCCCCCUCACCCUCUUACCCCUCCAGCCGGAUGCCUUUAAUGGGACAGUACCCUUCUGGACCACACAACCCAGCGCAGUUCCCUCCUGGAGCAGUUCAGCCUAAUCCUCCACAAUAUUAUAAGUCGGAGCCGUUCAAUGGUCAGGGCAGCCUGCCAACAGGAGGAGCAGGGGGAUACAAUGCCUUCACGCAGGCCGCAGUGAACGGGCCGGGUCGGGGUGGAGUGAUGCCCGGGUAUCCAGUCUCACCGAUGGGAGGGAACCCCACCCCCCCAAUGACACCUGGCACUACCAUACCCCCCUACCUAUCCCCAGGCCAGGACACAAAACCACCCUACCUUCCACCAGACACCAAACCCAACAUCAGCACCCUGCAGCCCUCUACAGGUAACCCCAGCGAUGACCUGCGGCUGACUUUCCCAGUACGAGACGGUGUCGUGUUAGAGCCGUUCAGACUUGAGCACAACCUGGCUGUCAGUAACCACGCCUUCCAGCUCAGAGACUCCGUCUACAAAACACUCAUGUUGAGACCUGACCUGGAGCUGCAGUUUAAGUGCUACCACCACGAGGACAGACAAAUGAACACUAACUGGCCUGCCUCUGUGCAAGUGAGCAUCCUCACUUUUUCUUUGGUUAGUGUCAAUGCAACCCCUUUGUCCAUUGAGCGAGGGGACAACAAAACCUCCCACAAGCCUCUGUACCUAAAGCAAGUGUGUCAGCCAGGACGUAACACAGUACAGAUCACAGUAACCGCAUGCUGUUGUUCCCACCUGUUUGUGUUACAGCUGGUCCACCGGCCGUCUGUCAGGUCUGUCCUGCAGGGUUUGAUGAAAAAGAGACUGCUGCCGGCUGAGCACUGCAUCACAAAGAUCAAGAGAAACUUCAGCAGUGGCACUAUCCCCGGGACCCCUGGUCUGAACGGUGAGGACGGUGUGGAGCAGACUGCAAUCAAAGUCUCUCUCAAAUGCCCGAUCACAUUUAGACGAAUCCAGCUGCCAGCCAGAGGUCAUGACUGCAGACACAUACAGUGUUUUGACCUGGAGUCCUAUUUGCAACUUAAUUGUGAAAGAGGGACCUGGAGGUGUCCUGUGUGCAAUAAAACCGCUUUGCUUGAGGGGCUGGAGGUCGACCAGUACAUGCUUGGUAUUCUUGUGUAUAUCCAGAACUCUGACUAUGAGGAGAUCACCAUAGACCCAGUGUGUGGUUGGAGACCAGUACCCAUCAAACCAGACCUGCACAUAAAAGAGGAGCCUGAUGGUCCAGUGCUGAAGCGCUGCCGAACAGUCAGCCCGAGCCACAUGGUGUUGCCCAACGUCAUGGAAAUGAUUGCAGCUCUGGGCCCUGCGUCCUCUCCAUACCAGAGUCUGACAGCAGGAGGCAGGAACACCCCCGACUACAACAGGCCAGGGAGCCAGGGAUUCUCCAGCCAAACAGGGUUUUCAGACUUCCCCAACACUCCUGGCACCCCGACACUGGGAGAGUAUGCUUCUGCCUCUGGGCCACCACCUCUACUCCCCUAUCAGUCUGACCAGACAAAGGAGGUCAGGAUGAAGAAAAAUAAUAUGGGAGAAUUCCAAAUUAUGCAGGGAAAUUAAAAAAUUUAAGCUGUUGCUGAAAAAGAAAAACAACCACCAUCCGAAAAUACCAUAAACACCUCCAGAGACUGACACGUGUCUGACUCUCCUCAAUCAAAAAUGCGGAAACCGAUAGGAAAUCUAAGUCUCUCCAGAGCUUCAAAGAACUCUUUUUUUUCACAAAGUGCUGAUAAAAGAUAUCAGACAAAAGUACCAAGACACCAAAGAAGAAUGAGAGAGAGUGAGUCAGAUGAUAUUAAAUGUGUCAGGAAAGAUCAAAAGAAUCAUUCCACAACCAACCUCAGUGACAGGAAGUCAUGUAGAAAUAAACAAAGAAAUUUGCCAGUGACCGAUUCUGGAUGUGUUUGCUCUCUAGCCCAUGACCAAUAACUAGGACAUGGUUAAUGUGCUUGCCUAUGGUCUGGGAAAGCUGGGAUAUAUCCCUGGCUGCCCCUGAAUUUGCUAUAAUAUGAUGCUCAUUAGAACCUAGUGUUUGCAAUUUGAUUUUCCAGAUCAGUUAAUCAUGAGACACGUGCAGUUAUUAUUCAAGUUUAUGGAUGAUCUGUAAUUCUGAUGUAUUUGUGGGGAUUAAAUCAUUUUCACGUUUUAAAAUUUGUUCUAAAAGUUUCUAUGUUGGGCAGGAAAUGUUUUAUCUUUAAACAAUGGGGGGUCUACUCUGUUAUUCAUAUCAACUCUGCAACUGUCAGUGUCAACUCUGUUUAAGAUUUUGUUUUUGAAAUGAGCUUUAGAUAUGUAGUAUUGUUAAGAAUUUGAACAGAGGCUGUGUCACAAGUGCUUUAUUAAAUUUCAAAGCAUUCCAUUAAUUCUUAAAGCUAUUUUUUUAGAGAAAAUACAUACUAUUGCACAACAUGUUUAUAUUUUUACUUCAAAACCAAAAGUCUCCAUCUUAUUAGACUUCAAAUUGACUUAAUGGAUGUAGAGACAAAAGUUCUCUUAGGGGAGACACAUUUUUUAAAUUGUAUUGUAUUGUUUUACUAUAUAUUUUACCCAAAAUGCUCUAACAGAGUUGACAAAUGUAUCUUUAAGUACUGUUUGUACUAAUUGUUUUUCACAAUGAAUAUUUUUAAUCUUACAGGUAUAGGGUAAGGGAAUACUGAAAACAUAAAACUUUAAGUUGGUUCUAUGAGAAUAAAAAAAGUUUAAUUGUAAAAAUC